UCAGAAAUAUCAGAUGUUCACAAUAAUACAACGAUUGUUACUCGUUCAAAACGACUAUCUCCAUUAAAAUUGUCAUCAACGAGUGAUGAUGAUAGCGAUUUUGAUUUUAAUGAAAAAACUAAAACAAAAGGAAAAAAAAGGAAACUGGUAACAUCUCAGUCGUCAAAAGAUUCAGAUUCUUCAUCAAAGUUUUUUAAAAAAACACCAAAAAAAAAAGUGAAAAAUGAUAUUAAUAAAAGUAGUUUUUUAGACUUAACUAGUAACAAGAGCAAUAGUAGCGGUAGUAGCAGUAGCAGUCGGUAUAGCAUCAGCAGUUCAGAUGAGGAUUCGCCUCCUAUACAUGUCAAAAAACGUAGAAGAAUUAGACAAAUGUCUGAUGAAGAAUCUGAAAAAGCAAGUGAUUCUGGUAAGAGUGAUUCAUCACAAGAUCAUCAUUUGGCAAAAAAAGGGCGAAAAAAUAUUCGUAAAAUGAAAAAAAAAGAACAACUGAGCGAAUUGACUCAAAGUGCUUUAAAAGAAGAAGAAUUACGUAAGAAGCGUAUUGAAAAACGUCAAAAAGAGUACAAUAAAUUGUGUAAUCCUCCAACACCUAUGGAAUCAUAUAAAAAAUUAGUAUUAGAUUUUGAUGAAAAGACAUUGGAAGAACUUGUUGUUGUUCAUCCAGAUAUUGUUAAGUUUCUCAAACCUCAUCAGGUAAAAGGAAUAACAUUUUUGUGGAAUUCUGUAUUUGAAUCAUUGGCAAGAAUAAAAGAACAUAAAGGAAAUGGAUCAAUCCUAGCUCAUUGUAUGGGCCUAGGUAAAACUCUACAAAUUAUCGCAUUGGUUCAUACGUUAUUUAGAUAUCCAGAAACUGGUAUUAAAACAGUUUUAGUUAUUACUCCUAAUGCAACAAUUGAAAAUUGGUGUAAGGAGUUUCAUAAAUGGUUAAAAGAUAUUGACGAAACACAAAAUUUUUUGGUACUUAAUUUUUCUGAUUCAAAAACAUACGAAGGUCGAAAAAAUAUUGUAGAAGAAUGGAAAAGAGAUCAUGGCGUGUUAGUUACAAGCUAUCAGUUGUUUAGAUCAGUUGUUAAUAACAAGAAUAUUGACAAGUUCCCUACUAUCACUGAAGGUCUUGUUGAUCCAGGACCAGAUUUGGUCAUAUGCGAUGAAGGACAUAUGUUAAAAAAUCACAGCACUGCAACGUCAAAAGCAGUCAAUCGUAUUAAAUCACUUCGAAGAAUUGUGUUAACUGGAACGCCAUUACAAAACAAUUUAAGAGAAUAUCAUUGUAUGGUAGAUUUUAUCAGACCAAAUUUAUUAGGAUCAAUUAAAGAUUUUACGAAUCGUUUUAUAAAUCCAAUCACUAAUGGGCAAUACUCUGAUUCAACUGCAAUGGAUGUUAAAUUAAUGAAGAGAAGAUCUCAUGUUUUACAUAGAAUGCUGGAAGGAUUUGUACAAAGAUUUGACUAUAGUGUUCUUACUCCUUUCUUGCCUCCUAAGCAUGAAUAUGUAAUUUAUUUGAAGUUGGCUGAUAAACAAAUAGAAUUAUACCAGAAAUAUUUGGACGAAUACAGACAACAAGAUUUAUUUAGUAAUUACCAUAUGCUUCAAAUGGUUUGGACCCAUCCUAGACUAUUAGCAUUAUACUUGAAACGAAUAGAAACAAAACAAGAAAAACAAAAAUUAAAGGAUGCAGAAUCACGUUUUAUAAAUGGCGAGAGUAGUGAUGAUGAUAAUUCAAAUUCUGUUGAUGAACCUGAAAUUCCAGGUUUUGACUUGCCUAACACUAAGAACCCAGACUCUCGUUACCUUACCUGGUGGAAGCCAUUAGUGUCAAGAGCUGAAUUAGAAUCUGUGCACCCGUAUUCAAAGUUCAUAAUGAUGUUUUCAAUACUUCAAGAGUGUGAAGAUAUUGGUGAUAAAGUGUUAAUAUUCAGUCAGUCAUUAUUUACUCUUGAUCUCAUUCAAGAUUUUUUGGAAAAUGCUGAAGAUUUAGAUGAUAAAGGGAGCCCAUAUGGUAAAUCUUGGGAUCACGGUGUAGAUUUUUAUAGAAUCGAUGGUUCAGUUAGUUCAAAAACGAGAGAAGAUUUCUGUGAACGAUUUAAUGAUGUCAAAAAUACUAGAAUGCGUCUUUUAUUAUUGUCGACCAAAGCUUUUAACCUAGGUAUUAAUUUAGUUGGUGCUAAUAGAGUUAUUAUUUUUGACGUGACAUGGAAUCCAUCUUUAAAUGUUCAAAGUAUAUUUCGUGUUUAUAGAUUUGGACAGCACAAACCAUGUUACAUUUAUAGAUUAAUUUCUGAGGGUACAAUGGAACAAAAAAUAUAUGAACGUCAAAUAUCAAAAUUAUCCACAGCUUUCCGUGUAAUUGAUGAACAUCAAAUUGAUCGUCAUUUUAAUUUAAAAUGCCAAGAAGAACUUUAUGAAUUUGAGCCACAUUCUACUACAUUGAAACCAACUUUAAAUUUACCUAAGGAUCGUUUAAUGGCCGAGUUAAUAUUGAAACACAAAGACCUCGUAAUAGACAUACUAGAACAUGACUCUUUAUUACAAAAUAAUGAGGCUGAAGAAUUAGACGAAAAUGACAGAAAUGCAGCAUGGGAAGAUUAUGAAAAAGAAAGAGAUGGAAUUAAAACAAAUAAUCUAAAUUCAACUUUAAUGCAGAACUUGGGUUCUUUGCCAGCCUACAGGUCAAAUGAUGAUCUAACAUUGUUCAAUACUUUAAGAGAAUUCUUUCCUCAUGCGUCAAUGCUACAACUUAAUGAAAUGUUGAUAAAGGUGAAAAAUGCCCAAAACGUAGAACAAUAGAAUAUAAUUAUAAUUGUUGUGUAAUAUAAUGUCUUUUUUAUGUAAAGAAUAUUAUCAUGAACUUAUAAAUGAAACUGUUCAAUUGUACAUACAAAUAAUUUGUGAUUUCUAUA